GUUAAUCAACAUUCAUGGAUAUAUUGAUGUAGAGACAAUACGUGUGUAAAUAGUAAAUAAAAGAUGCAUGCAUUGUUUUCUUUCUUGUAUACUUUACUCCUAAGUGGAUUGGUAAUUUCCCAAAAUAAUGAAAUCGACAUGAUUUGUAAAGCGUGUGGGGAUGUGGUGAAUAACUACUGUUGUAGAUAUUACAAACGAUGCUGUGACUACAUAAAUCCAUCUGGAUGUCCUACGCCAUCGAGUCCUGAAGCUAGAGCAUACUGCAGGAGUCCUUUAAGGUGCCGUAGUAGCUUCGACUGCCCGUAUGACAGAAGAUGCUGCCCAACAUCCGAUUGUGGAAACAGCUGCACUAAUUUUAUAUUUUCAGGAAACAAAUACAAAUAACACUUUAUACCUAAGCAUUUAAAUACAUCUAACCAUUUGUAAAAUACUGUGCCAAAGUAUGAGCCAAAAUAUCUUCUCUUAGAUUCUCGUGUGUUUUUUUUGUGUAAUUCAUAUUUACGACGUUUGGUCUAUUUUUAAUUUAUCAUUUUGAUUAAUAUUAUAUGU